CAACAGCAGCAGCCAGGAAGCUGCAGCAGCAUGUGGCUUCCUCCUCCCACAGAAAGACAAUCCCCUUAUAACUGAACUUGCAAAACAGAAAUGGAAUGAAUUUAGAUGUCAUUUCCUCUCUGCUCUUUAUGAGGCAAUCAGAAAACUGAAGCUGCUGCUGCUCCACCUCCACCCAGACUCAUCAGGCAAGUUGGUCUGCAUUUGUGCCUGGUUGAUUCAGGGGCCUGAGGCCCUACUACCUCCUUCCCUUGGAAUCAGCAGGCUCCCGGACGUCUUGGAAGUUAAAGUUCCAGCCUCACUGCUCAGUGUUUCAGAUAAAAUUUUCAUGUAAGGAGCUCACAGCUUAGAGGAGGAAAUGAAACCAUUCCUGCUUCUGAAUCAGGCAAUCUAAGGGAGUAGCAUCACAUGUAAUUGCCUUUGGGACUGUGACUUCACAGCACCUCUGUGCUCCAUCCAAUCUGGGGCAUGUGAUUAAUACACUCAGACAUCUAGUUGUUAUCAUGCUGCCAGGCCCAGGCUCCUACCACACACAUCCCUCUCUGCCUUUCAGACAGGACGGGGUUCAUCUGUGAAGCAGCAGUGCCAGCAAAAGAGCAGACACAGCAAUGGACAACUUUAACUUCUCACUUCCAGUUCUCACCAGAAAACAACAAGACAUUUUUCAGAAAGCUUUUGCUGCUGAUGCUGAUUAUUUGAAAACGUCUGAGAAAAUGAACCAGUCCUUCUGGGAAUUGUUAAUAAAAAGUUUAGCCACUGUUAACCCAGCCAGCCUGAUCACUGAAGAAACACACAAUCUCCUUAACAGAGGCAUAAACUCAUCUGAUGAACGUGCAGCCUUCUUGAAGACCCUAGGAAAAAAAGGAGUUAAUGCAAUGGUUGUGCUUUACCUGCUGCUGAAGGUGAAAGAUCUAUCUGCCUACAGAGAGCUGCCCAGCUCCAAGAAAAAUGAUGAAAAAUUGAAACUACUUCAGGAAUUGGAAAAAAGUGUUACAUUUUCUCAAGAAGAAAGUGAGGUUGAAAGGUCAUCUCGGGAGCCUGCAGAGACACAACCACGAGCAACCAGCGCUGGCAAGAAAAACGUCUCUGUGGCAACAGUUAAACCAAUUUCUCACAAACAAAGUCAGGAAGACCAAGACCAUGAAAAUCAAGAUGGAAAUGAGAUUGCAAGACAAGAAAAUGCAGCUGCUGCUGCAGGUGAAAAGGUUACUUACCUUCAGAGAUGUCAAAGACAGUGGAUAAGAAUACGGAAAAAUGAUGUAUUCUUUCAUUUUGUCAUUCUUUGCUUUGGCAUUGGAGCCGCACUAAUUAGCUAUUACCACUACCAAGACUGGAUCAUUUCUCUUGGUUUUGGUUUAAUCACCUUUGCUUCCCUAGAAACCACCGGAAUAUAUUUUGGUCUUGUGCAUCGAAUUCACAGUGUCCUUGAAAACUUCAUUCCUCUGAUUCAGAGAUUCAAAAUACCAGGUAUUAGAAAAGUUGACUGAACAGAAGAUCUGAGAGUUCAACAAUUUUCUCGAUUGAUUGUACUAACGUGAAUAAAGCUGUUUUAUGGGGUGCAGUCAUAAAAUCUAAUGGCUAUUAUAAAAUAUUGAAGCAUUAACCAUAAAAUUUGUUAUUCUCGCCACUGGAGAAUAAAAACUGCAGUACAGUAGGUCUGUCCUUUCCUUUGACGUGUUUUAUGGCUCAGUGCAGCCAGUAAAAUAGGCUGGGUUUGUUUAUAAAUUCAUUCUAAGCUAUGUGGGUAAUACAUCAUGUUAUCUUCCCCACCCAUAUAAUCGUAUCGGUCCCACUUGAGAGGUCUGAUCCAAAGCCCAUUGAAGUCAAGGAAUGACUUGUAUAGUCUUCAUUGAGCUCUGGAUCAGGCCCUUGAUGUUUUAAAAAAAGUCUUCGGAAACCCUUGUGGGGUUCUUUCCCUCCCCCACGUUCCGGGUCAGAUUUACUUUUCACGUUGCACCCACCUAAACCUCCCCACUAGCACCAGUGCUGAUUAGAGCUAUUCCCUUUUGGCUAGAGCCCUGCAUUAUAAGAAUGCUAUCUGAGCAUGUGGACAAGUCAAUGCUGUUUUUCAAAGCACUUUGUUAGCACCUUUCCUCAAAGAGGCAACCUUGGCACUCAGAAGCUCUGCUUUCUUCACACCUUGUGAAACCAUGACGAAGGGAAACCUCAGCUGCUUGCUUGAACACCAACAAUACAACUACUUUGGAUUAGAUUAAUUUAUUGUAGCAGACCUCAAACUGUGCUUAUAAUAUAACGACUUGCAAUAAAAGCAAGGUGAGAUGUUACACACAGUGUAUAGAAAAAUGCAAAAUGUAUUAGUGACAGCAAAUUUAAUUUCUCUUCCUGUGAUAGCAGUCUGAGGAAAAACAAAUAAAUGGUUCAAAAAAGAAUAAAACUAAAUAAUGAAUAGGGUUGGGGUUUUUUUUUUGCAAAUUUGUAGAACUAUAAACAGUGGAAAGUGCUGGAGAUACUGCAAAAAAAGUGGUUAAAAAACUAAAUGUUAUACAUUACAGUAUAUGAAGGCAUAAAAAUGCAUGGGGAGGGAUAAGUAAAAGAGAAACUGAAAAAAGACAUCUUAAGGUAUUAACCCAUCAUAGCCUAUUUUAAGGGCAAAGGAACUAUAUUUUCAGUCUUGCUCAGCAGACUAGAGAAAAUAAAUUGUAAGCAUUUAUUUUUUAACCACUCUUACCUUUUUUGCUUAAUUUAGCUCAAUUUGUUUAUUCAGGAAUAACAUUAAUUGUGAGGCAAUCUGCAUGAAAACAGUGGAUCAUUGAAAUAGAUGUUUACAUGAGGAAUUAAUGUAUUAAGAGUAUUAAUAGUAGCAUUAUUGAAAUGCUCAUGGUCACAGCUAACUGAUUAUAUGCAUUGUUUCUAUGCCUUUGUUGAACAAUCCUUUGUCAUACAUAAUGUAACUUCACUUUGAAAACAAAAAAGUCAAGUUCAGACAAAGUUAGAACUGCUUAAGCAGACCAUGUUUGCAUAUUUUGUAAUAGAACAUUAUGAACAUUUUCAUCCUGCGCUCAUAACAAAGGCUAAGAAAUAUCUUCCUUUUCUUCUGCUGUAGAAUAGGUCUUGUUCUAGAAGGGGGUGACUCAGCUUGCAUAAGCUGUCUUUGGCAGGGUUGAAGAGAAGGGGAACAGUAUAUCCUCCCUCUUUGUUGAAUAUACUGAAAUUAAUGUUCUACCAGAAUACUAACCUACUGUAUUGUGCUUAAUCAAAUUCGGGGCAAAAAGGUGAGGUAAACUGGAAUUCAUAACAGGAAACAUUGCCCAUGGACAAGUUAUCACAGCUCCUAUAUGUGGGUCCUUGAAUACUGCAUAUAGAUAAUCUAGCUCAUCACUAACAUGUUUUCCAAAGAACCAGGAGUGAGAUCCUCACCUCCACUCUAACUCCUUUAUGCUGGGUAAAAUGGAUGGGGUGAUGAAAAGGAGCCCUAAAAGCCCUAGUUCUUUCUGGGAGAGAAUUUCCUUUGCACAGGCAGACACUAGACACUCAAGAGGACAGGCAGCAGGCUGACUUACAAGGACACUUACAAACCCUGUCAUAGGGGACAUGCCAGGGGAAGGAGGGUUUGUUAGGGGCAGGGCCACAGCAUCACUGCAGAGAUUCUGGGAAGUGCCGUGGCCCAUAGUAUAUCCCCGGGAGGUUGCCAUAAUUUAAAGGUGUCUAAAUUAUGCUGGGGGCCUCUCCUGUUCCUCAAAAAGCUCGGAAUCAGGGGAUCGCAAAAGUAACUUAAAAGGACCUUAGCCCACCAUCUCGCUGGGCUACAAAAUCUGUGCUGCACCUCUUCAAGGCUGAAGCAUAGAAUCUCAUCCUAAAGUUUUUUAAUGGUGUGACCCAAGGACCUCUUGAUGCCAACUGGCAGAGUGCACUGGAGCAUUCAAGUGUUACAGGGAUCCCCUGGGUCUGGUAUCUACAUUCUAGCCUGUCAAAGUACAUCAUUUAAGGUCUCUAGUGAAAACCAGUGUCACAUUGGUCAUCAAAAUCACUGCAAGAUGUAUUUAUGGAAAAUAUGAGGAGUUAUGGGGAGCGUAAGGGACUGCGGAAGACUUUGUUAUGGCCUAGCUAGGGAAUUUCCGCUUUCUCGUGCCGAUAGGUUAUUGUAGGACUCAGAAAUCCAGCUAGAACCGGCCGUUGGCCGCUUACAACUGCUUUGCAUGGCCCUUUGCCAGGUAGUGGAAAACCCCUUUUGGAAAGUACCUAAUUCUAUAUUCAUGAGCUGUUUUUUGUGCAAUGCUUAUUAACGCUGGCCGUCUGCCCCUCCAUCGGACUCUGUCCCAGGAAGAGCUCCGGUGUGCUGGGUUCCCCGCCUCUGUGACUGCAAUGCGUGGAGUCCCCGUUGCGGGUGGGUCACUAACCUUCAGUAAAGCCAAUAACUCACAGCUGUGUGUAAGCCACCUUUUUUCUCCUGCCAGGCCUAUGAUGCUUUGCACACCUUGGCCCAGAACAAAGGGGGAGGGGAAUCUCAGCCAAACUGGUUGAAAAUAUUAAGAAAAGGACUUGGGGUAAGCUAAAUUGUAGCAGCUAGGGGUAUAUCUUGAGAGUUAAGUUUAGGCUCUAGAAAGCAUGUUAUGAUUUUGUUUUAUAUUGGAAACAAAUGGUUACAUACUUGUACUUUCUACUACUUGAAUCUCUGUUCUUUGAUAAUAAACUUAUUCUUGUUU